ACCUCCAAAUGUUCAAGACUCUCUUUCCUCCCUUAGCAUGUUUUUGCCUUUUGGAUUAAUAUAUUGUAGGUUAUUUUUGAAUAGUAUCUAGAGAAAUUAUGUGAUGGUGUAUUGACUGUAUUCCCCUUCUCGUGCUAUUGUGUUUUUUUAUGUAACAUCUUAUCUUAAAAAAAUCUGAUAUUUAAGUUUGCAAGGAAAGAGAAGACAAUGGAACAUCAGGCCAUUUCUGUGAAAGAUUGCAAGUUUAAAGAGAUUAAUGAACUGAAAGCCCAAACGAACCAAGGGUACUAAAAUAUGGCUCGAAGGCUGAAACCAGUGAAACAGAGCCAUGGCUCGGGGUGUCAAUGUCCAUGCCGGUCCGUGGAUCGGGAAACUUGCUUUCCGUGAAUUGCGACAGCAACCGAGUUAAUGCAUGGAUGGGGUGCAGGAUACAAUUAUCUCCUACCUCAUGCACGUGGAUCCUUCCAGGGAGAGCGGUGGCCUCGGCGGACAAACUUCUGUACGAAACAAGAAGCUCCGAUGGAGCCUCUGCACUACCCAGUCGUUGCACUGGUUAUGGAACAGCUGGUGCCCAUGAGGAAAGUGAGUGCGGACGGGGAGAUCUGUGUGGCGGAGGCGGCGACGAAUGCAUUCGCUGCAAGGAUCUGAGCAGCCGAUUAAGCAGGACGACCCGAAAGCUCCUGGGGUGGACGAGAAGAGUGGGGAUUGGUGCUGCCGCAUCAGGCAGGAUGUUGUGUCCUAAUCGAGCUAAUGCACUCGAGAAGGCGAUUUGCGGUUUUGCCAAAAAUCCUGGAGACAAUUUGAUAGUUUCAAAAUUGGGUACAAGCUUUGAUCUGCGCUGCAAUCUUGGCAGGGAAUCACCGGCAACGGCAGAUGAGGAAGAGGUAGACAUCGGGUAGUGGAAGAGCACCGUCGAUCUGGUUUCUCUUAAUGGACUGCAGAUGAGUGACCGAUCUGGCCGGAGUUGGAUUUAGCCGGAAGGCGAGGGAAAAGUAUAUGGUGCACCGCUGCUUGUGGUGCUGCCGGUGCACCGGACGUCGUAGCGUAUUAAACAAUGUUUCAAAAAAUCUGGAAAAAAAUGAAGCACAUUGACACAACAUUGGUCUAUGUUGUCGCAAAAUUUCAAAUCAAAAUUCAAAAUACUUGACAAGAUACAAAAUGACAAUUUUAGCCAAAAAUCCAAAUUGGUGUCCAGGCUCAUCUGCUCCCGGUCAGAAAAAAAUUUGAAACAAAUACUACGAAAAUUCAAAAAAAUCUAAUUUUUUUGUGUGGUAGAUAAUUUGAUGCGCAACUCAUUUGAAUAUCUGAGCAGCUCUCGGCAAAAAAGACAAACCGGGUCAAAACAGUGUGUUAACAGUAAACUUUUUUGUAUUUUUUGCAGAGAGCUACUCAAUUGUCCAAAUGAGUUGAAAUUUGUAGCGAACCUCACGCAUCAAAUUAUCUAUCACCCAAAAAAUUUGGAAUUUUUUGAAUUUUUUAGUAUUUGUUUUGAUUUUUUUUUGUC